AUGCCUCGUCGCUCUCAUCAAAAAUCUCGUGCAGGCUGUCUCGAGUGUAAACGCCGACAUAUUAAGUGCGAUGAAAACCGGCCGGCAUGCGGUAACUGCACAAUUAGUUCAAGACAAUGCUCGUUUUUAUCUUCGCAACCGAUUCUUCCCGGCAUCCGACGUCCGGCAAAGUCUACAAGCCCGGGCCUCCUCCGAUCUUCGUCGAAUGCAUCGACACCCUCUCAAUCGUCUUCUCCUAUUAGUUUGAACUGUGAACCGUCGAUUAUCCAAGAUGUUAACAUGACGCACAUGGAACUCUUUCACCACUGUAUUAACAGCAAUUUCGACUUGCCGCCUUCGUCCGAGGAUCCUAACAAGAUAGCAUCUCCAGAGAUGAUUGUUGAAGCCGCCAUAUCUUCUCCUUUUCUAAUGAAUGAGGUGUUGGCUUUCGCCGCACUUCAUCUAGCUCAUCUCAACCCUACAAAGGCCCAGUUCUACAAACACCAUGCGGUCGGGUUGCAAACUCACGCGCUUAGCAUAUUCAACCGUGAGAUGAUGGGUGUUACUAGUGAAAACUGCCUGGAGGUGUUAGUUUUCACUUGGUUUAUGACCUUGCAUACGCUAUGCGAUACAACAGACUCGACAGACCCGCAUAUAUUUUUAGACCAGUUCAUUCACUAUCUGCAGAUGCAACGGGGAGUACGCGCCGUCACUGCAGAAGCAUGGCAUCUAAUGCUCGAGUCGAAGAUGGGUUUCGUGUUGCGGGAGGCCACUAGGAUUUUUGAGGAGGCGGGCCCGGGGUCUCAUACUACUGAGUUGGAAAACUGGAUCCAGCACUCGCCGGCAUUGGACGACAACGAGAAGACUGUCUGCAAAGACGCCCUAGAUAGGAUCCAAUGGUUUCUGAGCAGAGCUGACGAUGCGAAGAAAACCGGUACCUCUCUAGGAACGCCAUUCUUAUCACUAAUCUCGUGGCCGGUAAUAAUCGAAGCCGAUUUCCUCCGACUCAUAUCGGAGAGGAAGCCAGAGGCUCUACUCGUCCUUGCAUAUUAUGCCAUACCGUUGCACUUAUGUCGAGACGUAUGGAUUAUAAGAAAUGCUGGUCAGCUGCUGGUUCAGAGCAUUCGGUUGCACCUAGACCAAGAGUGGCACAGAUGGUUAGACUGGCCGGGGGCUAUGAUGAAUAUGUUGUCAUAA